AUGGCUGCUAAAAGUAAUUUCUUCAGUAUCGUCGCAGGCGUCGGUGCUGGAACUGGUCGAUCCGUAGCCCUCAAAUUCGCAAAAACAUACCCCGUAGUCCUCCUCGCCCGCAACCCCGCAAACUACGAAUCCAUCGUCGAAGAGAUCAAAUCAUCAGGCGGAACCGCCCUGGGAAUCUCCACCGACGUCUCGAACCCAGAAUCAGUGACCAAAGCGUUCUCAGAAAUCCAAAAAGAUCAGGCGUUUGCGAAUAAGAAGUUAGCAGCGGCCAUCUACAAUGUAGGCGGGAAAUUCAUCCGGAAGCCGUUUUUGGAGCUCUCGCUGGAGGACUAUGAGGCCGGGUAUGAGGCGACUGGGAAGGGAUUUUUCUUGUUCGCGCAAAAGGUGUUGCCGUUGUUGUUGGAGAGUGUGGAGAAAAGUGAACAUCCGCCUACGCUGGUGAUUACUGGUGCGACGGCGAGUUUGAGGGGUGGUGCCAAUAUGAGUAGUUUUGCGAGUGGGAAGUUUGCUCUGAGAGCGACGGGACAGAGUCUGGCGAGGGAGUUUGGUCCAAAGGGUGUUCAUGUGGUACAUGCUAUUAUUGAUGGUGUGAUUGAUAUUCCGAGGACGAAAGAGUGGAUGGUUGGCGCGGGGCCGGAUGCGAAGAUUAAUAGUGAUGCUAUUGCCGAUAGUUACUGGUACCUCCAUACCCAACCUCGAUCACAUUUUACACAAGAACUUGAUGUCCGACCAUACGUAGAGAAGUUUUAG